UUUUGUAAGAUCCUACAUUAGAAAGAAAAUAGAUAAAGCUUCAAAGGAUAUACAUAGAGAAAUACAUGAAAAAACGUCUCAUGUGAUAUUUGAGAAGAAUCUUCCAAUCUGCGGUCAAGCAGUGGUAACGCAUACUAUAGUCAUCUGAAUUUUUCAGGAGAAUGUACUCUCAAGUGCUCGGAAGUACAAAACAUUGGAAUAUAUAAAGUGGAAUGAAGGCUUUGUAUCUGGAAGUGUUUAUCCACGAGACGAAAAUCUUACGGCCUUAUGUUCGAAAAUCUAUAAGGAAUUCCUCUGGACAAAUCCGUUACAUCCAGAGCUUUUCAUUGAUAUUCGAAGAAUGGAAGCUGAAGUCGUACGCAUGUGUGUCACAAUGUUUCAUGGAGAUAAAGACGCAUGCGGUACUACUACGUCAGGAGGAACAGAAAGCAUACUACUUGCAUGUUUAGCUUAUCGUCAGCUUGCACGUGAACAUGGUAUCAAACAUCCAAAUAUGAUAAUUCCGAUCACAGCUCACCCAGCAUUUGACAAAGCUGCACAUUAUUUCUCUAUUAAAGUUAUUCAUGUUCCAUUGGAUCCUGUUACGUAUAAAGUAGAUAUGAUUGAAAUGAAAUCAUUAAUAACUGAUGAUACUUGUAUGCUUGUUGGUUCAGCACCCGGGUUUCCUCAUGGAAUUAUUGAUCCUAUUAAAGAGAUUGCAGAGUUAGGCUACAAGUAUAAUAUACCAGUACAUGUUGAUUGUUGUUUAGGUGGUUUCCUUUUACCAUUUAUGGAAAAAGUUAAUUAUCCCAUUGAACCAUUCGACUUUCAAUUGCCCGGUGUCACUAGUAUAUCAUGUGAUACACAUAAAUAUGGAUUUGCACCAAAAGGCACAUCUGUUAUUAUGUACAGAAAUCAAUAUUAUCGAUCCAAACAAUACUUUACUCAGACAACUUGGCCAGGCGGUAUAUAUGCUUCGUCAACUUUACCCGGAAGUCGAUCUGGUGCACUAAUCGCUACCUGCUGGGCAGCAAUGAUGUAUCAUGGAGAAAAUGGUUAUUGUAAAUCUACUAGACGUAUCAUCAGUACCACACAACAUAUUACAAAUGAAUUACGUAAAAUUCCGGGUAUUUUUGUACUUGGUGAACCAAAUGUUUCAAUUGUAGCAUUUAGUUCAAAUAGUUUUGAUAUAUAUAAAUUAAGUCAAUUACUAUCAAACAAACCAAAUGGACGUGGUUGGAAUCUGAAUAAUUUACAAUUUCCAUCAGCUAUUCAUUUAUGUGUUACAGAUAUGCACACUGGAAAAGGUUGUGCAGAUCGAUUUAUUCAAGAUGUAACUGAAAUUGCUAAAGAAUUAAUGAAGAAACCGAAUCAAAAAUCUGAAGGUUCAGCUGCUAUAUACGGAUUAUCUCAGAUGAUACCGGAUCGUUCAAUUGUUGCUGAAUUAGCUCAUUGUUAUUUAGAUGCAUAUUAUGAUACACCGAAUAAUAAUGAGUAAUAAUAAUAACAAUAAUAAAAGGUAAAGACAUUAUCUAACCAAUAAAGUUUAGCUUCUGGAAACUGAGAAUUCAAUUGCAUUCUUUACAACUUAUGUUUCAUGAAUAUUAUUAUUAUUAUUAGUAGUAAUAUUAACUUUUUUUAAAAUGGAAUCUAUGCGUCACUAGUACUUCGAUUUGUAAUUGCACCUUUUAUCUUGCGUGUAUUUUUAUUUUUGCUAGUUCUUUCAUUGAUUUCCUGUUUCGUUAUCAGUCCGUUUACCUAUCAUUGUUCGUUUAUUUACUUGUAUGAUGCAGUUAUUUCAUAUCUGAACUUGUCUUCUUUUUCCUCUUUUUGAGGUUUACAAACUCCAGUACAGUUUUUACUGUUGUUCAUAUCUUAUAAUUGUCACUCGUGAAUAAAAUUC